AGAUAUUAAAAAUUAAGAAGAAGAAGAAGAAGACUGUCUAUGUAUUACGUUUUAUGAUCGAGGUGUUUGUUUAUGUAUAUAUGCUGUCAACACAUUUGUUUAAUUUACUGCUGGUUUGACAUAAAAAAAACAUUGAAUAAAAUCUAGCGACUUGGUGAGAAAAUCAUGGAAAAAGAUGAAGACUUGACACAUUCAUACGCGUUAGCACCAUUGACUCAUCAGUACAUGGUAGUGGACGAGAUGGAAGACGAGCACGACCAAUUGGCAGCCGAAAAUACCGACGAUUCAAAUCAUGAUGGGGAAAAAAUGGGGGCCCCACUUCGUGAACAAGAUCGGUUUCUACCUAUCGCAAACGUCGCUAAAAUCAUGAAACGAGCCAUACCAGAGACCGGCAAGGUAACUAACAAAAUAGCCAAAGAUGCUAGAGAAUGUGUACAAGAAUGUGUUUCAGAAUUUAUUAGCUUUAUUACUAGUGAAGCUAGUGAUCGCUGCCAUUUGGAAAAAAGAAAAACAAUUAAUGGAGAAGAUAUACUAGUAGCUAUGAGUACUUUAGGUUUUGAUAAUUAUGUAGAACCACUGAAAAUAUAUCUUCAAAAAUAUAGAGAGGCUGCAAAGAGUGAUAAAAAUCUGGGUGGCGAUGUAAUGUAUGAAGAAAUUCAAGAAGAAUCAUACAGUACUGCUGGUACUAGUUUGUUGAAUUCUGAAAAUGGUGAAACUGGAGCAGUGUUGUAUGCAUAUCAGGACAAUGGUAUUCAACAAUUUCAAUUAGGAUAAAAAUUUCUUCAUAAUAAGUGAUAAAAUUCUUGAACUGACUAAAGAAUAUAAUUAUUAGUGUUAAUAAAUUCUUUUUAUUUGAAAUUUAAAUCGACAAAUAUCUGUUUAGGCCUAAUUUGUUGAUAACUGAAUUUGUUUGAUUCUUGGUCGCAGGUUUUGAUCAAAGUCUCAUUAUUUGAAGGUAUUCUGAAUAGUAAUUGUACAAUGAGGUCCAUUUUAAUUAAUAAGAAAUAUCCUUAUUAUUCGAUAUAUCCGAUAUUAUAAAAUACUUCAUAAGACAGGAAUAUCAAUGUAAAAUCAUUAACUAACUUAUUGUUUCCAUUGUAUUCUCUCUAUUAUUUAAGUGUACUAUAAAUCUGUAAUAUUGUUAGCUUUAUUCAUUUAUUAAUUGAUUGUUUCCAAAACAAGAACAGUGAUAUUAUUACUACCAUGAAGAUAACAAACAAUAUUUGAAAAAAUUCUUAUAAUAAUCUACCUCUGUCAGCUAAACAAUAUCUAAUUUUAUUACAUAGUUAUUAGAGAAUAUCCAAGUUCUAAGGUUUUACAAAAUUUUCCUACUUUAUUUUAAAUCAUAAUUUCAAACAAUUCAAUUUGAUAUUGUCCUCUGCAAAUAGUUCCUAGAAAGUUUGUGCACUCUGUAGCAACAGUAAUCAUUUUUUCUCUUUUGUAAACAGUUUUCAAAAUUACAAUAUUUCAGCUUAAGAGGUGAUCCAUCACACUCUGUUAAUCCUUAUGUAAGUGACAUUUUAAAAUUUAAAGGAAAGUAUUUUUUACACUCUGUAGCUGCCAUUUCCUGAGAGCCCUUAACUAGUUAUAAAUUAUAUAUUUUUUAUUAUUUUGACGCAGUCUACUAUUUACAAUGUUCAGUACCAACCAAAAUAUAAUUUAAACUCACAAUAGAGUGAUAAGGUAUCUAGGUAACUCUGUGUCCUUUUAUGACAAUGAAAAAAGUACUUCUAAUUUCGUACAAAACUGGUUUUCUUCAGUUAGUACAAGCUUUUUGUGUUCUUCUUUGCUUGUUGUAGAUCUAGAAGGAAUCGAAAGCCUUAGUUCUUGGCCAAUAUCACAAUGCAGUUUUUGAUAUUUCUUCUAUAUUUUUACCACACAUUAUUGUGAUAUAUAUGAUAUAUGCUGCCAAAUCUACAACAUCAAUGAUUUAUCAAAAAGUCCUAAAGGCCACCAAUUCGUUCUGCGUUAUAUUUUGUUAACAGCUUAUCCAUAUUGUCCACUCCAAUUUAGCCACGAGACCUAAUACAGUAUAUUCUCCAUCAUUUGUUUGUCUAUUUUAGUAAUUUUUUGCAUUACAAGCCUCAAAUCAAACAAGACAAACGCAACCCAAAAUAAUGGUGAGUGACUGGAUUUCCACAGUUCAGUGAUAUUAGAUCUAUGUAACACACUAAAUAUUAGAAAGUCAAAAAAUGCAUCUAAUUCCUGUUCUGUGAACUGUUUGAAUAUUUUUUGUGUCAGACGCUUGCUAAUAUUAGGGUAAUUUUACAUUAGUUUAUUAUUGUGUGCUUCAGUAAUCUUAAUCCCAUAACCAUUAAUAUCCAUCAAGAUUAUGUCACACAUUUAAUUUGACAAUAUAUUUUGGAAUAUUUCCAUUAAUUGUGGUUUACUGAAAGAAGCAGAUCUGCCCCAUUGAGGAAUAAUGUUUUGACUACUAGUUUAUGUUCAGGGAAGUGUAUGCCUCCAAGUUCAAUAUUUUGCAAUAAGAAUAUUUUCAAACGAUUCCACUUCAAAACUCGUAUCGGAAUCGUAAGAGCCAAUCCGACCUUUUCAACCAAAAGAAUAUAAUUGUGUUCAUUAUCAGGCAAACUUACCUUCAUCACUGGAAGGUUCUGCUAAUUCUGAAUUUUUGAACAUGUGAUCUUUGUGUAGAAAUACUUGCUCCAAUAUUCAUAUUAACACUCACAAAAUAAAAGUAAGCUCGUAUAUGAACAAAGUGAAUGGUGCAAUAUCAAGCAUGAUUCUUGAUAAUGGAUUCAGUGUUUCUUGCGCGUCAACAACCAUGUAUUACAUUCCCCCCCUCUCCCACUUUAAUCGUAAACGUUAUUUCCAAUUUAUUUAGCACUUUGUACAAAAACCCAUGGGCUCGACGCUCAUGAUUUUGGUAUACAAAAAUCAAUUGGAACAAACUUCGGUGUCAAAAUUUGAAAACAUGUCACAAAUGAUUUGUUCAUUUGUUGUCGUGCCCCAAACUCUAGAUAAUUAAUUGAAUAUAAAAUACGAAUACUAUAAGAGCACUUCUUUGAAACUACACUUUUCACCAUAUAUAGCUUCUUAUGCCCUUUUAUAGUCUUCCUCAUUAAAUUUUGAGUAAACACAAAUAUAAACCUAUAUGAAUUGGAAAGCAACUAGUGUGGGUAACGUUAAAACAGAUCUUGAUUGUAUACAUUACGUAUAAACUGUAUGAAGGCACCUACAUCGUCACUCUGAUAAAGGUGUAUUAUUUGCCAUUCACAUAAGGGUUAAAAUGAAUUAGAAAUCCAUUGGAACAGUUAAGCUUUAUAUCUCUUAAUAGGUUUUAUUGAAAUUUAUACUGAUAUGAUUUUACUUUAGUUGAAAAUUUUCUUCCUAUCUGUAGAUUUUUUUUUUCAAUACUGUGUAUUAUACGUUUUAGGGAUUGUUUUAGAUGUAAGCAUCAUUUCUAUAAAAAAUAUGAGUAAUUUGUGAAUAAUGUAAUUAUUAGUAAUAUAUAGAAAUGUUCUUCGAGA